AACCCAAACCAUGGCCUCUGCAGACAAACUCAUAAACACAGAUGUCCCUGAAAAGGACGUUUUUGCCCUCCACUUUCUCCAAUCCCUCUCAAAUCUCAGAACACAAAACCCUUUAUUAAAUUCUCCGGACAAAUCAAUAGAUCGUGUGAAAAAGAUCAAGAAUGCUGCGUACGUUUCCAUGGCCAGAGCAGCCGGAGGGACUAGCCGGCUAUGGAGCAGAGCCCUCUUGCGCCGAGCAGCCAAAGAUGACAACAAGAGCGUAAGAUUUUCAAGGAGGAAGAGGAAGGUGACAUGGAAGAUAUCAUCAAAACGGAGGAGGAGUAACCAGAGAGCUCCGGUGGUGGAGGAGGCGGCGGAGAGGCUGAGGAAUCUUGUUCCGGGAGGCGGAGGAAUGGAGACGUCAAAGCUGAUGGAAGAGACGGCUCAUUACAUCAAGUGCCUUAGUAUGCAGGUCAAGGUCAUGCAGUGCCUCGUUGAUGGUUUAUCUCCUAAUUAAAUGAUUCAUCAAUUAAUCAUCAUCAUCAUC